AGAUCAAGAGGGAGACUGUUAGUUUGAUCUCCCAGAGACCCUUGGACCCCAACAGGCCCGAUGGGCCUCCUCUCACCCGCACCUUGAUCGGGGGCGCUCCAGCUCGUUCAAAGCUGGUGGGCCCCCGUCGCACUGCGCUAUAAAAGAGAGGUGGGGGCCAGCGGCACAGAACACGAGGUUCGCCGCCGCCGCCACCCUACCGACAGUCUAAACCCUAGCCGAUCAAGGAAGCGCAGCAGCGGCGGAAAGACCCACCUACGUCCGUCGUCAACAUCGCCGCCUCAUCCCGCUCCCUCGGUUGCGACCCGAAGCUCGACUACCCCUAGCAUCACCACCGUCCGCGACGAUGACGGGCCCCUCUGCAACACCCGCGAUUCAGGGCUACGAAGGUGAAAGUCGGUCCCCUUUCUGUUUCCCCCAUGGGCUUUGGAACGUGGGCCUGGGGAAACCAGCUUCUUUGGGGCUAUCAAGAAAGCAUGGACAGUGAACUUCGGGAGUGCUUCAAUCUGGCUCUGAGGAAUGGCAUAAACCUUUUUGACACUGCUGACUCUUACGGAACUGGAAAGCUGAAUGGACAGAGCGAACGGCUACUCGGUAGAUUUAUACGUGAGUUUGAAGGGCCGAUUAAAUCUCCGGAUGAUGUGGUCAUUGCAACGAAGUUUGCUGCAUAUCCUUGGCGACUUACAUCGGGCCAGUUUGUCGGCGCCUGCAAAUCAUCUUUGGAAAGGUUGCAACUGGAUCGGCUCGGAAUAGGACAACUGCAUUGGUCCACUGCUAACUAUGCACCUUUGCAGGAGCGUGCUCUCUGGGAUGGUCUAGUUGAAAUGUAUGACAAGGGUCUCGUUCGUGCCGUCGGUGUCAGCAAUUACGGGCCAAAGCAGCUUCUGAAGAUUUACAGCUAUCUAGCUUCUAAAGGUGUUCCCUUGAGCUCAGCUCAGGUUCAGUUCUCGCUACUGAGCAUGGGUGACGAACAGAUGGAACUGAAAACCGUGUGUGACUCAUUGGGCAUUCGUGUCAUCGCGUACAGUCCGCUUGGAUUAGGGAUGUUGACUGGAAAGUAUGAUUCUUCUAACCUUCCAAAAGGACCAAGGUCUGUGUUGUUCCGGCAAAUUCUUCCUGGCUUGGAGUCUUUGCUGUCCUGUCUGAGAAGGAUUGCAGAAAAGAAGGGGAAAACCAUGUCUCAGGUGGCCAUAAACUGGUGCAUCUGCAAAGGCGCGAUUCCGAUCCCAGGCGUGAAAACGGUCAGGCACGUGGAGGAGAACCUGGGCGCGCUAGGCUGGAGGCUGAGCCCUGCUGAGAUCGAAGAGCUCGAGUCCGCGGCGAUGGCGGCUCCGAAGAAAAUGAUCCAGAACGUCUUUCAGACUGCCUGAUCAUGUACAGGGAUAUGAAUCUCAGUACCAAACAUCACAGAACAAUGUUCAGAUGAAGAGUAGCGAGACGCUUUCACCGCUGAACUAUGAAAUCUUGCUAGCAUAGCAAGCAGUGGCCAAGGAGCUGCAUGUAUCUUCCUGCAACAAGUUCAGAUUAAGUAGCACACUGAUUACACUUAUUCAGGUCCGUUUUCAGGAUCCCCAGAGAUGAAGCGGCUUA